GGCGGGGCGGAAGCGGCGGCCCCGCCGGAAGCGGCGCCCGGGACCGAUGGCGGCGCUGGCGCGAGCCGCGAUCUGCCAAGCUGGAGUGGCUCAGUGGAUGGCAGCAUGCAGUGGAUUGUUACAGACAACUGCAGUCCAAGGCCAGUGUAGAAGGAUGCUCUGUGGCCUUUUCCAGAGACACAAGGCUGGCCAGUCCCAACUGUCUAAAUCCUGUGGUGGAUUGAUCCAAGACAAUGCAGCCAUUGCACAGCAAACCAGAUGGUUUUCUAAUACAAACAAGCACCAUGCUGCAAAAGAUUCCAUGCAGUCAUCUGAAGAGAAAGUGGGCCCUUUCACAAGGAUAAUAGAAGCAAUGGGUUUCACAGGACCACUGAAGUAUAGCAGAUGGAAAAUUAAGGUAGCAGCUUUGCGCAUGUACACGUGCUGCGUGGAGAAAACUGACUAUGAGGAAUUUUUUAACAGAUGCCAAAUGCCUGAUACAUUGAAUUCAUGGUUUCUAGUAGCCCAGCUUCAUGUCUGGAUGUGCCUGGUGCGCAUGAAGCAGGAGGGUCGCACGGGGAAGUACAUGUGUCGCUACAUCGUGCACUGCAUGUGGGAGGAUGUUGAGCAGCGUGGCAAGGUGAUGGGACUUAAUUCUGUUACCCUAAAGGAAGAUAUGAAAACUAUGGUAGAAAACUUCUAUGCAGCUCUAUUUGGAUAUGAUGAGGGAAUCUUGUCUGAUGAUCAUGUUCUGGCAGCAGCUCUUUGGAGGAACCUUUUUAACAGGAACUGUGAGGACCCUCGGCACCUGGAGCUGCUAGUGGAAUAUGUGCGCAAACAGGUGCAGCACUUGGAUGCUCUGAGCGGGGAGGAGCUGCUGCUGACUGGGGAGGUGUCCUGGAGACCACUGCUGGAGAGCAACGCCCGCAGCAUCCUCAGACCUCCUGCCCCUGUCUACAACGAUGAAGGACUCUGAAGGACUCCUGAGGUUUCUAUCAGUUUUUCAGAUCAGCCUGGGGAGCAGAGGCCUGAAGCUGAAGAUGGGCUCAGGAAGGAAAAGCUGCUGCUGAAAAGCAAAGGUGUAAUCAGGUACCCAGCCGGGGUGACUCAGGAGCAGGCAGGACAGCCCCACUCUUCUGAAUGUUCACCCACAAAUAAAUGUUAGUUGGUUUGAGAACCUCUGUCCUUUUUCUGGCACUGAGUGGUCCUUGCUGACAAGACCUGCCUUCUGUCUUUAGGAAACAAGGUAUUUUUUUCACGAAGACAUUUGUGUCCUUUGCCUCAUUUGAAGAGCUGCUACACAGAGACACAAAGGUGUUCCUCUGCUCACUGAAUGGGUGUGAAUGCAAAUGUCAGCUUUGCAUAUUAGAUUUUAAUGUAUUUUAAAAGCCUGAUAUGAAAAUGGAAUGGUCCAUUUUUUUUGCUUUAGUGGAGUUAAGCAUUGCUUUAACAGAUUCUGAAGAGUUUUCUGUGAAAAUCCUCUUUAGGAACUCUCUGCUCUGUUGCACAAGAGGAGGAUGCAAACAAUAAUGCACAGUCCCCAGUAUUCUUCUGUGACUCCAGCCAUCUUAGGGAGAAUAAAGUCCAAAACAUGGCUAGGCUGUCACUAAAAGCUGCCUCCAAGUACUUGGUAUUUCAGUCUGCCUUGAUUCUUCCCUAAUAAUUUUUAGAGUUGUAGUCUAUGAAUUUCUUUAUGAAAAGAACAUCCCCAGUCCUGUCCAUGGCUUUUGAGGGGACAGGACUGUGCUGUCCCCCAUCCACUCAAAGCAGUGGUGCAGGGCUUUUUAAAGAGCCCUGGCAACCCAGUGAAAUCUUUCUGUGGCUAUGCUGGCAAAUUACACCCACAUGGUAAUUAUGGGAGCAAGAGCUCCACUGAUUAGAUCAGUCAAGGCUGAGGUGUACUGUGUAGGUGGAUGGUUCACCAGGCUCUUUCCAGGUCAGUGACAAAAACAGUUUUCAUUUCUCUCCUUUCUAAAAUCCUAAAUCAGUAAUAAAUGUCAGUCUGGGUAAAAUUGAUGUGUUUGGGUUUUCUGUGCCAUGUGUGCUUUUGAUAAGAUUAAACCUUAUAAUAUCAGGAUUUAUUCCUCGUAAAACUAUUAA